AGCUACAGGGAUGACGAUGGAGCUAGAAUGAAAGAGCCGACGGUAUUUUGGAAAUAUGAUUCGGAGAAGACUGUAAAUUAUCCGGAGCGAAAAUUUGAUUUGGAUAUCAAGACAUCAAGUCUGGAAAAACUUGCAAACAAGGAGGCAAGAAGCAGAAUUUCUCGCGUAGAAACUUUCUGAAGCAAAACUUUCCUACAUCCCAGAUGAGGAAUAUUAGCACAAUGACACGCACUUAGGAGAAGAGUUUGGGGAAUAAAGUUCUUUUGAAUUCUUUUUAAAGGCGCACCAAGGGACGUUAAAAUCGCCUGACGCAGGGAGACAAGAUUGUAUCAGUAUAUCUGUAUCCUGUCUUUGCUGCCGGAGGGCGAUGGGGGCCGCGCCGGGCUCGGGCUGGGAGGAGGGAGAGUUCGAGUUCAAGUUGGUUUUUGAGGAGGAUCCGCCGUCGCGGCAGAGCCAGGGUCCAUCCCCGGUGCGCACUACCGAGCCGGAGAGCUCCGCUGCCGGGGAGGAAAGUGAAGGCGCCCUGCUGCAACUCGACUCCUCCAGCAGCAGCAGCCUGGUUACAGACAACCACCUGGCUGCCUCUCACGCAGGUCACUCAAUCGACAUCCCCAGCCCGACACCUGCGUCCAGUCAGCGGGCAGGGAUGCAUUCCCCACCUCCACGAAGGGAUCACUUCAAUAAGUUCAGUGGGACCUAUGAGAGCCUGCCGGCACGCUCUGUACAGGUUUCUGAAUCUCGUGUGGUCGAGUGCCCCAGCAUCCAGAUAACCACCAUCUCGCCUGACGAUGACACAACACCCACCAUUUCCAGUUACUGGGACAUGGGCAACAGCGGCGGUUGGGACAGAGAGCGCCUUUACCUGCCUCUACUGGAUCCUUUUACCUAUCGUGACAGAUGCCCCAGCUCCCUCAGCCCCAGCCCCGCCUCUAGCCCCUCCUCUCGAGGCUGGCUCAGUCCCGCUUCCAGCUGCGACUCUCUGCUGGUGGAGGAGGAGGAGCUGAACGAAGGCAGCAUCAAUUUUGGGCACUCAUCAUCCUCAAGGCCCACCUCACCUAGUGGGAAGAAGCGUAGAAACUCCCCGCUGGCGUCUCCCUGUACUUCGCGCAGAGGGAGUUACUCAGAGGAACUGCAGGGGUGCAACCUGGAGGGUGGAGAGUCCACCUCUCACUCUCAAGCUCCGCCCAGCAGCUGUGAGCUCAGCAUUCCUCAGAAAACCAGGAAGACAUCAUUGGAGCAGUUAUCUCCCAGGGAGGUGGACCAGGAGCAGGCUCUGGGCCACAGCUCUCCCUGCCCACUGCCAGAGACCCAGCAGACCAGGAGAGAGCCCCCAUCUGUGGGCAUGGACUACCUCUCUGUUCCCCCUCCUCUGGCCUGGGGCAGAACCCGAGCCAGCGCCCACAGCCCUCUAUUCAGGUCUAACGCCCUGCCGCCACUUGAUUGGCCUCUGCCAUCCCAGUUUGACCAGUAUGAGCUGCGUAUUGAGGUCCAGCCUCGUCCACACCACAGAGCCCACUACGAGACGGAGGGCAGCAGAGGAGCCGUCAAAGCUACACCGACUGGACAUCCUGUUGUGAAGCUGUGUGGUUACACAGAGAGGAAGCCGCUCUCUCUUCAGGUUUUCGUUGGAACAGCUGAUGACCGAUCAAUCAGACCACAUCCUUUCUAUCAGAUACACAGAGUGACUGGAAAGAUGGUGGGCACUGCCAGUCACGAGAGCGUCCAGGUGGGGACCAAACUACUGGACAUCCCCCUCAGCCCCGAGAACAACAUGACUGCUCUCAUCGACUGUGCCGGGAUUUUGAAACUGAGGAACUCAGACAUUGAGCUGAGGAAAGGAGAAACAGAUGUUGGAAGGAAAAACACACGUGUUCGUUUGGUGUUUCGUACCCACCUCCCUAUAGUGCCCCCUUCAGGACCCCCUGGACGAGUGUUGGCUCUGCAGGUUGCCUCUCUGCCCAUCGAAUGCUCCCAGCGUUCGGCCCAGGAGCUGCCUGUCAUCGAGUCGGUCAGCCUCACUUCCUGCUCUGUGGAAGGAGGGGAGGAGCUGCUGCUGAGCGGCACAAACUUCCUGCCAGUCUCCAGAGUCCUUUUCAUGGAGAGAGGGACAGAUGGCAAAUUACAGUGGGAGGAGGAGGCUCAUGUUGACCGUGACAACAGCAAUGAGUGUCUGUUAUGUGUGAGGGUCCCAGCCUACAGUGACCUAUCCGUCAGUCGGCCUGUGUCGGUCAAUCUUUAUGUUUCUAAUGGGAAGAGGAAACGGAGCAGCACUCACUGCUUCAAGUAUUUACCCAUUAUGUUCAAAGAAGAUGAUCCCCUGCUCUCUCGAUCCCCUAUGCUGCCUCUGGAUGGCGGAAACAUGUGUCCUGCAGGGGGUCCACCCAGGAUAGACAGAGGCUUCCAUGUGAGAGGGGACCAGAUGUCUGAUGAGCGAAAUCUGAGCUUCCACCUACCCCCUUACCCCUCCACCUAUUCCUCUCCGUGCCCACCCAUAAACUACAAUGAGGAGUACUGCUCUAAACCUGAUGCAGCGGUGGAAGAGCCCGGCGGGACCAGGCCAGCACUAUCUGAGCGUCACCCCAGUUUUGAGAAUCUAGAGCUGGGCUUCACCGAGCUCCUUCCCCCUCUGUACCCACGUGGUCCGCAGCCUCCCUCACCUUCACCUUCCCCAUGGCUGGACUCACCCUACUUGUCCUCUUCACCCUCUCCUUCCCACUCAUCCUCUCUCAGCCCUUUCCCAGCUGGAAGUCCUAUCUCAACCUCCCCUCUGCCUCCCAUCCCCAACUCCCCUUACCCACAGUACUCUGCUUAUGCUCAGGAGGUCUGUCCCUCCCCUCCUACCAACCCAAACCCCUAUCAGGAUAUCUGCCCAGCAUCCUACUCCCACUAUGAGGGCUGGGACCCCCAGGGAAGAGUGCUGGAUACAGGAAAUGGGGGAGAGAGGGAUCCCAAAAUCCAGGAGUGUCCAUUGGAGUUUACCAGCUCUGCCUCUAUGCACCACAUUACCUUUGAAGAAGUAUCAGAGUUCAUCGGGGAGGACAUCCAGUCUUACCAGCCAGGCUCACAGAUGGACAACCAGCCAAACUGAGCUGAGAGGGUCCCCCGUUUGAUAUUCAGCCUCAUUUUAAAUUCCUUAUGCACUCGGUAUCAAGAUGUGUCGCUGCAGUUACAUGUAAUAUUGAAAGGGGAUUACCAGGACACUGUUGUAAUUAUGACCACAGGUAACUGUUUUAUAA